CAAAAACAAAAAAAAAUGUUGAUAAUUAGUGAUGGAUUUUGUGUAAAAGAAAAGAACAAAGACAAGAAACACUGCUCAUUAGUGAUCAUCUGAUGAUUGAUGAUGAUUUCCAAUUUUCAAAAUCAAAUCUUAAUCAAAUCAAAUGAAAAAAAAAAUUACAACGGAACAAAUAAACCAAUUCUCUGUGGUUGAUUUUUUUUUGUUUGUUUGUUUGUUUGUUCGAUUCCAUGAAAACCACAACAAGUAUAAUAUAAAAAAAAAAAAAAAUUUGAAGCAGCAGCACCAGCACCAGCAGAAACAUGAAUCCGUACACAGUUCAAGCAACCAAACAACAAUUCUAUUUUUAUUUUUAAAAAGCCAUAACAUCAUCAUCAUCAUCAUCAUCAUUACAAUCAAUAUAAACAGAGAAAAAAAAUUAAAUGAUGUCGUUAAUUACUGUUGUUGAAAAUGACGACAAUAUGGUAUUGUUAAUUGUCAGUUGUUGUUGUUGUUGUUGUUAUUGUUGUUGUUGUUAUUGUUCGAAAUGAACCAUAUAAAAAUAAUGACAAACUGAUUGGAUAUUUAAACUGAAGCUUUUCAAGCUCAUUUUCAGAAUUAUUUUCAAAAACAUUCAUCAACCAUCAUCAACCAUCAACCAUCAUCAUCAUCGACGAAUCGAAAGAAUCGGUUGUCAGAAAACUUUGUUGAUUUUUUUUUUUAGUCUGAAAGAUUGAUCAUAUUUUACUUUGUUUGUGAGAAUAAAAAAAUGGCCUCAACAUUGACAAAAUCGACAACAACACCAUGUAUAUUGUAUCGAACAAUAUUUGUAUUGACUAUAUUGGUCAUUUAUUAUUCCAGUUUUUGUAUGAUUGAUGCAUUGAAAAAACCACCAUUGAAUGGCGGAAUUUUUGGUAAACGAUCAUCAUCAUCAAUAACGAUGCCAUUAUCAUCACAAUCGAUGAUUGGUCGUUUCAUAGCCCAAGAAACGGAUGGCGAUAUGAUGAUAAACAAUGUAUGCGAUCUGGUCACUAAUCUGAUGCCAGCCUGUAAUAAUUGGUACAUGAGAAUGAAUGAAAUGGUCAACAACAACAACAAUAAUAAUAAUAAUAAUAAUAACAACAUUAAUAAAUGAUGUUAGAAUCGAAUUUGGAUCGACAAUCAUCAUCAAUUAUAUUAUACAUUUAAAAUCUGGAUCAUAUGCUGACCAAACCAUGAAAACGAGUGAAAAAGAAAUGCCCAAAUACAAAACCAUUUUUUUUGAAUUUGAAUACGAAAAAAAAUUGGAGAAUUUUCCCACUUUAUCAUUAUCAAUUGUUUGUUUAUAAAACAAAUUUUUCAGUAUAUUCUCAGUAUUUAGAGAAUCUGAAAAUAUUCUUUGCCCAUUUUAAAAUUGAUUUUAUUGAUUAUCAUCAUCAUCAUCAUCGUCAUUAUUGAUGAAAAUUUUGAAAGAAAAAAAAUCUUAUUUUGUUCGCUUCUUAUUACACACACACAUCCAAAAAAAAACACGUUUAAUUACGAUUUUAACAAUUUCAGAAUUUGAAUUCUGAAUCACCACCUAUACAUACAAACACACAUCCAUACAUUUAUCAGAUGGAAAGUUGAAAAUUUUUUCUCUUCAUUUUUUCUGAUAAAAAAUAUAAAAUGCAAACUCAAAAUAAAACAACACUCGAUGAAUACAACUGAUGGAACAGACAAAAUGACAGACAAAAUUCUACAUAACCAACAAAAACAAAAAUCCAAAAAACUUUGAAAUAAAUUGAUUUACGACUCA